AUGCAAGUAAGCUGGAACCUAAAGGCUAAGGACGGAGGGGUAACCGGUAGUAGCAGGAGAGCAAGGGAAGUUUUAAUCGAACGGAAGGUGAAGGUCAAUACGAACUAAUAAGUUUAAGAUAAUUAAAUUUAGAGCCUCAAUCUUUAUUUUUUCUUCUUCUUAAUUUAUUUUUAUCUUGGCCUCCCUCAAUGUCUUCCUCUUCCGACCAACCCCCUCUCGACGCCGCACGCCAUAUCCGUUAUUGGCAACGAUGUUUCCGAUCCGUACUCCCCCACCAUUACGUGAGCAACGAUAGCAUCCGUUUGACUCUUGGCUUCUUCAUAGUUGCUGCUCUCGACCUCCUAUCUUCGUCCUCGUCAUACUCCCAACCUCCGAGUGAUCCUCUUAAAGCCUCCCUUAUUACAAAAGAAGACCGCGCCCGCCUUCGAGAAUGGGUUCUAUCCUUACAGCAUCCUCAAGGUGGAUUCUGCGGUUCACCUCAUCAUGUCUUGCCCAACAAGUACAGGACUGAUUACGAUAUCAUAAACAAAACCGAAUCUGCGAGAGAUGCAGCCAAUGCCAACAUAGCUGCUACAUACUUUGCCCUUCUUUUAUUGGGUAUCCUAGCCGAGGAUGAUGGAUCCAGCGCGUUCAAUGGUGUAAACCACAUAAAGACGCUCCGCUGGCUCAAGACGCUACAAAGAGAUGAUGGAAGUUUCGGGGAGAUUAUUGAUGAGGAUGGCUACGUUGGAGGAGGAAGGGAUAUGCGGUACUGCUACUUAGCUGCUACGAUUAGGUGGGCACUUGGAGGGGCCGAAGCGGGCGAGGAUUUCAACGUCGAUGCGCUUGUUGCGCAUAUACGACAAGGACAGACGUUUGAUGGAGGAUUAGGCGAGAGUUCUACACAUGAGAGUCAUGCCGGAUACGUAUACUGCGCUGUAGCCGCGCUCUCCCUUCUCGACCUCGCCAAUCCAAACGCGGCUGCAGAACCCGAUCGAUAUCUCCAUGCGGGCAUACCCUCAAUCCCCUCUUUAGUGCACUUCCUUGCGUGCCGACAAUUGGAUUACCAAGAGUCUGAAUCCGACGAGGAGGAAUCUGAAAACCACCCACUCCCCGAUCUAUCUACCUUGAAUCUAUCGGAUUCACCCGAAAUAGCCGGAUUUAACGGCCGAUUAAACAAGCUUGGCGAUACGUGUUAUGCGUGGUGGGUCAACGGAGCACUAUCGAUGCUUGGCCAGGGAAAGAUUAUCGAUCGCGGUCCCGGUAGAAAGUUCCUAAUGGAGACACAACACAUGAUCGGCGGAUUAUCGAAAUACCCCGGUGGACCUCCUGAUAUAUACCACUCAUACCUCGGACUCGCAGCUCUGGCAACGAUGGCCGGGGAGGAAAGCGAGGGCGGAAAAGAAGAAGGCCUAGGUAGAUUUGAUCCGCGCUUGUGCAUAGGACUUGAAGCUUCCGAGAGGGUUGCUAAGGCGCGGGAGGCUUUACUUGCUCCCGAAGAGGACAGCGACGAUGGCUGGGAAUCAGAGAUACAGAGGAUGAAGGAUAAUCUCGACUGGGAUAACACGCGGAACAUAAUUACGCAUUUGGAAGUUAAGUGGAAAGCGGAGGGCAAGAUACCAAUACUGGAGAUGGACAAGUGGAAUCCUUCUAAUCCCCCAAAUUUGGACGAAUUAGCAGAGUAAUCGGGUCUCUACAGUCCUUCCUCUAAACUUCAGCUAGCUUCGCAUUAGGGGAAGCCGGGUAGAGAUGAGAAAAUCUCGGAUGAAUGUAUGUAUGAAUGAUACGAAGUCAAGAAUGAGUCUAUCUACCUAGGUAUAGCUAUGAGGACGUGCAAAGAUGGAGGGAGAUAGAAAACGAUUCUACGACGUAGUUUCGAAAAAAUUCAUGAUACCCCUAACUUAUCAUUUCAAUAUUUGGAUUG